CGAAUGUAGCGGAGAUAUUAUGAAUGAAAAAAAUCAGAUCGAUUUUAUUUGAAAAGAAAAGAAUUGUCAAGAAAAUUUUCUUUUAAUUUGCUUUACUUUUAGUCUUUUCAUUUGAAUUGAACUGAACGAAUCAGAUAUUGAUUCGUAGACGCCGGUUUUUUAAGUUUAUUUUGUUUUAGUAGAUAACGACGAUCAAGCAAGAUAUUGGUAGAUUAUUGGAGGAAAAAACAGGUGUUAAUUUAAUUGCAAGUUAUCUAUUCUCGAUGAGGAGAAACAUACAAAGCUCUAACAAUGCCUUUAGUUAAUCAAGUGAAUAAAUUUGCAUUUUUAUGCUUAGUUGUUACUUUACCAUCUUUUAUUUUGUCUGAAGAAGCUUGUUAUUCGUAUGCUGGUGGACAUGUUUAUCCCCAUGAAACGUCAAAAUCGACAACUGGACAAAAUUUAGUAACUAGUAAGGCCCAGAUUUCAAAACCAGCUCCUGAUUGGGAGGGCACAGCAGUCGUCAAUGGAGAAUUCAAGGAGUUGAAAUUAAAAGACUUCAGAGGAAAAUAUCUUGUUUUCUUUUUCUAUCCUCUGGAUUUUACUUUCGUUUGUCCAACUGAAAUCAUUGCCUUCAGUGACAGACUCAAAGAAUUCCAAGCCCUAAACACAGAAGUUGUUGCUUGCUCUGUAGAUUCUCCAUUCACACAUUUAGCAUGGAUGAAUACUCCAAGAAAAGUGGGUGGUUUGGGUCCCAUCAACAUUCCUCUUUUAUCUGAUCUCUCUCACAAAAUCUCCAAGGAUUAUGGUGUCUUUCUUGAAGAUCUAGGACACACUCUCAGGGGCCUCUUCAUUGUGGAUGACAAAGGUAUUUUGAGACAAAUCACUAUGAAUGAUCUCCCAGUUGGCCGAUCUGUAGAUGAAACGCUGAGGUUAAUUCAGGCAUUCCAGUAUACUGACAAACAUGGUGAAGUUUGCCCCGCAAAUUGGAAACCUGGAGCAGAUACUAUCAUUCCAAACCCUGAAGAUAAGCUCAAAUAUUUCAGUAAAGUCAACAAAUGAAAAAGAAAAGAAAAAGAUAUUGAUGUCUGCAUUUUAUAUAUAUAAAAUGUCUACUGCAUUUAUGUUUCAGUAUGUACUUGUUUUGUCAUUAAAGUUUAUUACUCUUUUU